GUACGGACGUUAUGAUGUGGGGUUCUUCAGCUACUGUUGAGCGUGCUAUACAAGGAUAAGCAACCUUUUGCAUUUGACCAAGUGUGCACCCGUAGAUAAUCUGGCACCUACAAUUGCAACGAUUGCAGUAUUAAUCUAUUGGUAGCACACUCGUUUCUAUGUUGGUAUUGUCUGACCUUGUUGCGUGAAUAUUGGCGAGAGAUACAGGUGAACUUCCACAAUGAGUUCUGGUUUCAUAUCGGAAGCUGAAUUAGCAGAGCAACGGCGAAUUCGACAAGAAGCAUGGGAUAAGGUUCGAAAGCCGGACCAACCCGAAGAAUGUCCAGAGGAAGAAUAUGACCAUCGCUCACUGUUUGAACGUCUUGAAGAACAGAAACAAAAACGGGAACUUGAAUAUGAAGAAGCACACAAGCUAAAAAACAUGAUAAAAGGUCUAGAUGACGAUGAGGUGGAAUUCUUGGACCUUGUUGAUCGCAGUAAAUUGGAAGAGGAGAGGCGCAAGUCCGCGGAAGAGGCGCGUGAGAUAAAGGACUUCCGAGAUGCAGUUGCAAUUCUGCAGGAACAGUCAUUGGAGCAAAGAAUUCACACUGAAAUUCAUUCUCGUCCUCCCAUCCAAAGUGGUACUGGCAGUGGACGCAGCUCACAGGUACGGCUUCUGGCGGGAGCAGUAGUCAGGAAGCAACCGGGUGAUGCUUCUACCCAGGCUGCGACCAACAAGAAAUUUUGUGGUGAAAACAAAGAUGGUGUAGCAGUGAGUCAAGAUGUAAAUUCUACGCAGAUUCAGGUUACACCAACGCAGAUCUCUGGCACAAGCGAAGAUGGCGAGAGCGCGUCGAAAAAGAGAAAGAAUCGCGAUGAAGAAAUACAAAAUGGCGAUUCAACUGCUGUGGGUCUGCGAUGUAUCGGUAUUCUUCCCGGUUUGGGUUUGUAUCCUGAUUCGAGCGACAGCGAGCAGAGCUCGGACACAGAUCAAGAACUGCCGUGUCCUUCAGGCUACGACCUGCUAGGUCGUAAAAUUACGCAGCAAACCAAGGAAAAGUCCACCACAUCUUCGAGCAGUGAUGUCGAGUAAACAUGGGCAGCACAGUCCAGAGUAUAACAUUUCACUGUUGGGUUAUUUAGAGUUGCACAUUUAAGAGGCAAGUACCACUGUGUGGCACCCCAUAUCCUGGUGUAACUACUGUAAGAAUUUGUCUUCUUUUCCAUUUGAUUAAUUUUGACCAUUAAAAUCCUUCUGUCUCCGUUAUCGAUACAUCACGUGUCCUCCCUCAACGUUGUUAACACAAUUGUGUAUGUUCAUUUUUGCCUAACGAUCAUGUUUUAAUUAAUUGUGUCUGAACGUAACCUACCGAAGUUUGAAAUGGCGAUGUAAAGUCAGAAUCAAGUGAAAAUAAAUAUAUUUUUAAAGAAAUAGACUUGUCUUGCAGGAAGAUGUGUUCAACUUGAAGCUGUACUUUGAGGCUCAACAUAUUAAGUCAGUUCCAUUAUCAUCAAGUUGUAAUAAAAGUGAAUGUGAUAAAUGUUUGUAUUGCGCAGUGUUUGGCGUGUCUUGCCUUCUUUUGUUUUUAUUAUUAUUUUAUUGGAUUCUCAGGAAUCUUGUAUGUGUCUGUUCUUCAGCUUUGAUGCUUGACCAUCGCACCACAGCCAAUUACUGUUUUCUGGAAGUAAUAAAAAACCUGAGUCCGUGACGUCCAAAGUGUCAGUUUACACAACCGUAUGCCUGACGGUGUAGUACGUUACACAUGAGGUGGAUCCAGUUUGUGUGAACCAAAACCAAGACAUAUUUUUUUAAUGUCACAUGGAUAAAAUAUUCACUCAUGCACAUUAAUUACAAGUCUCUGAGGAUUAAAAUUUAUCCUCUCAUCCUGAUGAAAGUCUUAUAGGUGUGGAUAAUCGUAGCAACCCACACAAAAAUUGUUACUGUUUCUUAGGGAAGUAGGUUAUGAAGAUGUGGACAGGAUUCAUCAUAUUCGGGAUAGGGACCACUGGCAGGCUGUGGUGAACAGAGAAACCUUUGGGUUCAAUAAAUGGUAUGGAAUUUCUUCACUAGCUGAGUGACUAUUAGCUUCUUAUACAAGUCUCUGCUACAUGGAAUUAAUUAACUUAUAAUUGAAAACAGUGUAAGAUCCAGGUAGCUGAGUCGGUAUAGUGACCGACUAUGGGCUGGGUGAUCAGGGUUUGGUCCCCGACGGGGGCAGAGGAUUUUAUUCUAGCCUUUGCAUCCAGACCGACUUCGAGGUCCACCCAUCCUGUCCAAUGGAUACUGGGGAUCCUUUCCUCAGGGGGUAAAGCGCGGCCAGGGCGUGACCCUGAUCACUCAACCCCAUCUAGUGCCGAGGUUGAGAAUGAGUAGGAGCUAUACCUCCUCUCCCCCUGAGCACCUGCUUUGUGCGUAGAAGAAUAGCUUUAGUUUACUUCACUAAGAACAGCUGAAAAUGUCGUGUCAUACAUAACAAGGAAAAUUAUUUAUAUAGUACCACUGCAAUUUUAAAACCAGAUUUUGUAGAUAUGCCAGAGAGGAAGGACAGUAUACUGUAUUUUUUGGGGGGGGACUGAUCACUUGAAGACGUCAGAGUUGGAAGAAUGAAUUAAAAUAAACCUAUAAAUAAAGUUUCAUAAUGUAAACUUUACUGAACUGGUUCAGAGUUGAGUCUCUCAAGUUAGGAGUGAUGAGUCAAAAUUAUCAGAUACUUGGAGUCAUCUGUAGACUAGGGUAAGGUUAUAUACGACAGAUUGGAAAGGAAGUGGAAACGUUCAUGACCACAUUCAUUUGUGUAAUAUCUCAUAAUUUAUGUAAACACAACACCACAAUUAACUGAGAAGUUGAUAUGGUAGAAAAAUAUUUUGUAUUUGUGGUUUAUAAAAGAACAUUUAUUUUUCUAGAAAACAUACAUAGGUCACAACUGUACAAUAUAUCUGUAAAGAAAAUGUAUGGCACAGAUUAAAGAAUUAUAUCGAAACCACAAAAAUUAUUAACUACUGAGAAUUGCUAAUAGUAUUGUUAAGUAUCUUCACGUACCAAAAUGAUAAUAGAAUUGUACUGUAAGUGGAGAAAGGGUGGGUUGAAGGGGUACCAUAACAUGAGAUUACGUAUGUUUGAUUCUCUGGGCAUUUUGACAUUUGGCGUUGGUGUCAGGAGGAUCAGUACUGCACUUUUGGAUCAUUUCCAGACUGAACUUUUCAAGGUGACUUUCAUAUGUACUAUUAUGUCUUGCCACAUGGUAUGCAAUGCCUUUAUGAUAUAGAAAUAUGUAAUUCUUUCAACGUGAAAGCGUUGUUUUUUGCAGUGUACGAUGUCGGCAAAUUAAACCUUAUGUGCUGGAUGGCAAAAAUAAAUUCACACAUGCAGUCAUAGAAAAGAAAACUUCAUCCUCAGUGGGUAGUUACAUGCAAUGAUAAAUUCCUGUGUUUCACAUAAACGUAUAUAAAUAUGAUUUGCAUCGUAUCAUGUUCCACUCUAUUAGUGAGAAAUUGGAUGUUAAAGAUUUAAAGAUGCGUAAGCACAUUUGUUGAAACCAGAUGUACAACACUUACAAGGAUUAAAGGAUUAAUCUUCUCAGUAACAGAAA